AUGGCCUUUCUUUCCGAUACGCUUGCGCGCGUGAAGCCUUCGGCGACGAUCGCGGUUUCCAGCAAGGCGCGCGAGUUGAAGGCGGCCGGCCGCGACGUGAUCGGCCUGGGCGCGGGCGAACCCGACUUCGACACGCCCGACAACAUCAAGGCGGCGGCGGUCGAGGCGAUCAAUCGCGGCGAGACCAAAUACACCGCGGUGCCCGGCAUCAUCGAACUGCGCGAGGCGAUCUGCGGCAAGUUCAAGCGCGAGAACGGGCUGGACUACACGCCCGACCAGAUCAUCGUUGCGACCGGCGGCAAGCAGGUGCUCUACAACGCGUUCGCGGCGACACUGAAUCCCGGCGACGAGGUGCUGAUCCCGGCACCCUACUGGGUCAGCUAUCCCGACAUGGUGCUGCUCAAUGGCGGCGAGCCCGUGUUCGUCGAAACCACGCUCGAGGACGGCUUCAAGCUGACCGCCGCGGCGCUGGAAGCGGCGAUCACGCCGAAGACCAAAUGGCUGAUCUUCAACUCGCCGUCCAACCCGUCGGGCGCCGCCUAUACGCGCGACGAACUCACGGCGCUGACCGAUGUGCUGAUGAGGCAUCCGCAUGUCUGGGUGCUCACCGACGACAUGUAUGAGCAUCUUUGCUACGGCGACUUCACCUUCACGACGCCGGCGCAGGUGGAGCCCGCGCUCUACGAGCGCACGCUGACGAUGAACGGCGUGUCGAAAGCCUAUGCGAUGACCGGCUGGCGGAUCGGCUAUGCCGGCGGCCCGGUCGAGCUGAUCAAGGCGAUGACCAAGGUGCAGGGCCAGCAGACGUCCGGCACAUGCUCGAUCGCGCAAUGGGCGGCGGUCGAGGCGCUGAACGGGCCGCAGGACUUCAUCGCCGAACGGCGCGCGGUGUUCGAGGAGCGGCGCGAUCUGGUCGUCUCGAUGCUCAACCAGGCGAACGGCAUCCAAUGCCCGAUGCCCGAGGGCGCGUUCUAUGUCUAUCCGUCCUGCGCCGGGCUGAUGGGCAAGACCGCGCCGAACGGCACAAAGAUGGAAACCGACGAGGACUUCGUUACCGCGCUUCUGGAGGCCGAGGGCGUGGCGGUGGUGCACGGUUCGGCGUUCGGGCUGGGGCCGAACUUCCGCAUCUCCUAUGCGACCUCGACCGAGGACGCAUUCACAGCGCUUUGGAACGAGGAUCAGCGCCCCAUCGAUCAUGGUGAUCCCCCGCCGCGCGUCUUCCUGUUACUGGCUGGCGGGCCGCAUGGUCAGGUAUCAGCAGGUUACAACCGGUUACACGACACCUGUUACGCGGGCCGAAUGCGGCCAGUGUUGCCGGCCUGCACUGGCAUGACCGCGCCGGGCCGGUCUAAGGUCGGACGGGCUAAUACGUUGGCACAGACGGGCGCAUUGAAGAUGGUCGGUACAGCGAUGACAGCGCGUGCACUGGCGGCGUUUGCCGUGUUCAUCGUGCUGGCCGGUUUCGCGCCGGCGCGGGCCGACAGCCUCUACGACCGCGCCUUUAAGGCCCGCCUGACCGACUAUGCCGACCCGGCAACGCUGGGCGCCUUCGUCGGCCAAGCCGUCCGCACCGGCCAGUACGACCAGGCGAUCUCGACGCUCGAACAGGUCAUAUUCCAGGACCCGGGCGAUGCCGGCGCGCGGCUGACGCUGGCGCGCCUUUAUUUCCAUGUCGGCUCGUUCGAUCUGGCGAUGGGCCAUGUCAACGAGGCGCUGGCGCUGGGCGUGCCGUCGCUGGAGGUCUCGCUCCGACAGCUCAAGGCACGCAUCGAACGGGCCCGCCAGCCGGUGCGCGCCCAUCUGGACGUGACCGCCGGCGGGCAGAUCGUGCAUCGGCGCGCGGCCUUCCCGACCGGCUUUGCGGCCGGCACGAGCCAGACCAAUGUCGGCGGCUAUGCGAUGAUCGACGGGCGGGUCGUCUUCGAUCCGGACACGGCGACCCGCGACCUCGUCCUGCUGGAUGCGGGAAUAUCGGUCGACCGGCCGUUUCUCGACACCGAUUUCAACGGCACGGGCGACGGCUUCACCGCGCUUGCCGGCCAUGGCGCGCUGACCCUGUCCAAGGGUCUGCCGGACGCCAUCGACACGCUGCGCGCCGAUCUGACGCUGUUCGGCGACUAUGAGGCUCUGGGCGGUGGCCGCGACAAGCGCGAACUGGGCGUGCGCACGCGCAUCGGCUUCCGGCCGAGCGUCGAGACGCAGAUCUAUCUGGAUGCGUCCUAUGGCUGGCUGGGCGAAUCGCGCGCGCUGUUCGCCGACGACCAAUGGUCGGUGGGGGUCGGCGCGCGCUAUCGCAUCGCGCCGGGCUGGACGGCGGACGGGUUCGUGCGGCACUACCAGCGGCGCGGCACGGUGCCGGCGGCGGUGCUCGGCGGCACCGCAUUCGGCUACCGGACGGACGGAACCGAGGGCGGGGCGGCGCUGACCCAUCUUCUGCAUGUGUUCGAGGACGGUCGCGCCUGGUUCCAGACGCUUGCGGCCAGCUAUGCCGACGACACGAUCCUCGAUUAUGGCGCGGUCGGCGCCGGGCGCGGCGCGCUGGUCAAGGGCCGGCAGGUCUGGCGCGUCGAUUGGGAUCACACUGUGCAAUUGAGCGCACAGGGGCGCCUGCGUUUCGGGGUAGGCUAUCAUCACGAACGCAUCGGGCCGGGCGGCACCAGUUCCCGGAUGCCCGCCAUGAGACCACAUUCGCGCACGAUUGCCGCCGGCCUCGCCGCCCUGGCAGCGUGCGCGGCGAUGCCCGCGGCGGCGCAGACGGUCGGCACGAUGACCGCCGAACGCGCGGCGGUGACCCGCGAUGGCGGACGGGUGCGGGCGGGCGAUCCGAUCGCGCUGGGCGACCGGCUGCGCAGCAAUGCGUCGGGUGAGGGGAUCAUCGUCUUCCAGGACGAAUCGAGCGCCCGGCUCGGCCCAAAUGCCGACCUGACGAUCGACAGUUUCGUCUACGAUCCGCAGCGCCGGAACGGCACGGUGCGCCUGUUGCAGCGCGGCGGCACGGCGCGCAUCUUCGGCGGCCAGAUAUCCAAGCGCGGCCGGUCCGAGGUGCGCACGCCGCAUAUCGUGCUCGGUCUGCGCGGCGGCAUCGCCGACGUGACCGUCGGGCCCGGCGGCUCGUCGGGGACGCUGCUCGCUGGCACGAUGACGUGCGAAGCGGGCGGCGAGCGGCGUACGGUGACCAAUCCGGGCUUUUCGUGCGUGUCGGACGGAUCGGGCGUGCAGACCGUCCGGCUUGGCGGCGGCGACAGCCAGUUCGUCGAUCCGGCGGGCGGGCAGGGCGGUAGCGGGUCGCGGACGGUGUCGAACCAUUGCGCCUCUGAGGCGGGCAUGGGUUCGCCGGCCUGCGCGACGCGGGACGGCCGACUUCCCGCGGAGAUGGGGUCAGUCCGGCUGAGCCAUCCCGUUGCGGUCGCCGCGCUCGCCCUGGCGGUCGUCCUCGCCGCCAUGGCGCCGUUCGGUGCGCUGCGCGAGCGCGGGUUCGAUCUCUACCAGACACUGUGGCCGGGCGACGUGCCGCUCGACCGGGUGGCGAUCGUCGCCAUCGACGAGGCGAGCCUUGCCGCCGAGGGGCGCUGGCCGUGGCCGCGCGCGCGGAUCGGCAUGUUGGUCGAGACCAUUGCCGAAAGCGGUGCGGCGGCGAUCGGGCUCGAUCUCUUGUUCCCCGAGCCGGACGCUUCUGCCGAUGGCGCUGCCAGCGAUGCGGCGUUCGCCCAAGCCCUGACGCGGACACCAUCCGUCCUGGCGAUGACGCUCGCCGCCGAUGCGCCGCCGGUGCGCGCCGAACCCAAGGCGGGCUUUUCGUUCAUCGGCGCGGGCGCGGACGCGUUCGAUCGGGGCUAUGGCGGCGGCGUUGCACCGAUCGCGCCGCUCGCGGACGCCGCAAGCGGCCUCGGCGUCAUACGCUCCUUUGCCGAUGCGGACGGGCGGAUGCGGGCUAUCCCGCUCGUCUGGGCCGAACAGGGGCCGGGGGCGCCGCUGCGCCAUUGGCCGGCCUUUUCGGUGGAGAUGCUGCGCGUCGCGCAGGGCGAAGCGGGCCUCGCGGUGCGCAUGGGCGGCGCGGGCGAUGAUGCGUUGCGGGUCGGCGGCGCCAUCGUGCCGCUCGGCGACGGGCGGUUGCGGCUGAUCGACGUGCCGGCUUCGCCGAUGCGCGUGUCCGUCGCCGACCUUCUCGCCAAUGGCACCGACGCGGCAUUGGAAGGCCGGAUCGUCGUGCUGGCGGUCGAUGCGGCCGGGCUCGACCGCUACCAUCUGACCGCGCGGGGCGAAUUGCGGCUCGGUGCCGACCUUCACGCCAUCGCGGUCAGCCAGAUGCUGGCGGGCCGGUUCCUGCUCGAAAUGCCCGGCGCGCGGCUGGCCGAGUUCGCACUCCUGGCGAUCGGCGGCCUUGUCAUCCUGUUGGCGCUGGCAUUUCUCGCGCGCCGGCCCGCGCUCGCCGCAUCGACCGCGCUGGCCAUGAUCGCGCUGCCGCCGGCGCUCGGGUUCGCCGCCUAUACCAACGGCCUGCUGAUCGACUGGACGCAGCCCUCGGCGGGGCUUUUUUUCGUCGCGCUGGCCGGCGGAUACGGGCUCUACCGGCAGGCCGAGCGCCGCCGCCGGACGCUGCAGACCCAGUUCGCGCAGUUCCUGUCGCCGGAGAUCGUGCGGCGGCUGGCGGAAACCGAUGCGCGCGCCGCGCUGGCCGUCGAGGACCGGCCGAUCACGGUGAUGAUGGUCGACAUUCGCGGCUUCACCGCGCUCACCGGGAGCUGGCCGGCGGACAAGACGGUCGCCGCGCUCAACCAUUUCCUCGCCAUCGCCAAUGCGGAGAUCUUCGCGCGCAACGGAACGAUCGACAAAUAUCUCGGCGACGCGGUGCUCGCCUUCUGGAACGCGCCGGUCGAACAGCCCGGCCAUGCCGAUCUGGCGAUUGAGGCGGCGCAGGCCAUCGUCGCGCGGGUCGAACGCGAGAACGCAUCACUCACCACAAAGGGCCUGCCGGCGCUGUCGGUGGUCGCCGCGGUCGAGACCGGCACCUGCUCGGUCGGCAAUAUGGGCACCGCCGACCGCGUCGAUUUCACCGCCAUAGGGCCGGCGGUGAACAUGGUGUCGAGGCUCGAACAGCAGUGCAAGCAGCUUGGCGAACCGGUGCUGGCCGGGCCGGCCUGCGCGGCGGCGGCGAGCGGGGCCAUGCGGCGGGUCGCAACGGUAAAUCUGCGCGGCAUUGACGGGCCGACCGAGGUGUUCGCACCGCAACAAUGA